CACGCGGGUGGGGUGUGGAUAUGAGAUGGUCCGGUCGCCAUGCGCGCUGGCUGCGGUAGUGUUAGCGAGCCUCAUAAUCUCCCAACUGAUCCUCUCCAUCGACACGCCAUCUCUAUUCAAACAGAUCCAGACGAUAUCAGACUCUGCAAACGCUACAGGAAGCCGUGACUCGUGGAGUGGAACCAAGUGUGGCGACCUUUCUCUCUGCACCGUCUCCUCACCGUAUAUGAACCUUGCUUACGACUCGCCCGCACUCUCUGCAGAUGUCUCCUGGGCCACAUCAUUUGCUCUAAUAUCAGCCCUCUCUCUUCUAUCUUGUUUUCUUUUACUUUACACAUCACCCCUGAGCUCUGCCUCUACCGACAUUCAUGACUCCAGACCCUCCGAUGAUCCUUUCACUUUACCCAUUCAGUUUCAGAGGCUCAGAAUAGGCCCAACACCCCAAUCUCCAAGGCCUUCCUGGUUGAGAAAAGCUGAAGAACUGCAGCUGCUGCACCCCUCCCCCCUUCCUGCUGAGUCAGCGCGGCAGCUACUGAGACCAGCAAGACUUUGCCACUAUCAGCGGACCAGUCUGGAGUCGGCCACAGCCUCUCUCUCCCUCUCCGACAGACCUUCUCAAACUGCCCUCUUAGAUCAACUUGGCUUAUAAUGACUUCUUUCUUUCGUUUUCUCCAUUCAGUUUUGUUCAAAUGGAAUACACACAAAGUAUAAUUAUACAGCUGUAAAAGAUAGAUGGGCACACAAAACAAAAGAAAACACAAGUGAUGAGGUUAUUAUGAAGAUAGUGAGUCCGCCGCCACGAUUGGAGCUGUAUCUCCGCCAAUGUUGAACAAUUUCUUUUUUCCUGCGGCGUUCUUCAUGUCCUGCGGCUGGUUGUUUUCGUCGCCAGUAGAGAUGGGCGUGCGAGGGAGACGGUGAGAGGGCGAGCGUGGGUCAGGACAGCUGAUCUGCUGGACCCGCAGCGGCGUCCGGUCGAAAUCAAUGGUCGGAGAUCGAGGAUCGCCGAUCCUUUUCUUAGCUUUGCUUGGAGCCGGACAGGUAGGUUUGCCUUGAGGCGAGUGUGACGGACAGAGAAGAGGAGACUCGUACGAAGAAGAAUUGCCCAUAAUUAUUUCGCCGCCGAGAUUUUAAAUCUUGCUGAAUCAGCACAAUAUUUGCUGAUCAGCACAAUUUAUGCUGACUCAGCGCUUUUGUCGCGUAGCAACAGCGCGAUACAAUGGCGAGCCAAGGAAAGGAGGAGGCGCCUGAUAGAGCCUGCAGAGACCAGAACGAAGCAUGUGCCGAGACUCCAAGCCUGCAAGAUGCCUUCAGAAUCUUCAGAGAAAAGAAGCGGAGGGAGUUGAGGGAAAGAAAGGCGAGGGACCAGGGGAGAGAGGUUGAGCGAGACGAGGCGACGCUGGAGCGUCUCAGGAACAAGUUCCUGCAGACAGCGCUCUCCUACUGCGGAGUUCCGUAUGCGCGCAGAUACCACGAGCCAGAUUCCCCCACCCACCAUGCCCCUCUGUUCCUGGACUGCUGUGGACUUGUGAGGCGAGUCCUGAGAGACAUGAAAGAGGAGCUGGGGUUUACUGUGGGGCCUUGGAACCAGGCUUACCAGUUUGACACUCUUCCAGUGGCACUGUCUGGUCCAGAGGAGAUGAGGCCUGGGGACCUGGUCUUCGUGUCGGGGACUUACUUCAAUGAACAGAGGAAACAGCAGAGACAUGGCAUGGUGCAUGUGGAGAUUUGGCUGGGUGACGGGGAGAAGACAGUAGGAGCAAGAUGGCAGAAAGGGCGGGUGGAGAUACAUGAAUCAUAUCAGUUUGUUUCCAAGAGCUACCACAGUAUGCAGUAUCACUUCAGAUCCAUUGACACUUGGCUGAACGGAAUAUGUCGCAGCUAUUGCCCCGAGCAUGAGUGGGAGGUGGCACAUCAGUUCACACCGGGCAAGUACUCCAUAUUCUCAACUGAGCAAGAUGAGUCUUGUGGAGAGGAGGACGAGGAGGGAGGGGGAGGUGGGGGAGAUGAGAGAGGGGAGAAGGAAGGCUCAGGAGAGGAAGAUGGUGGGAGAAGUGAAGCAACUUCUCCACCUGACAAAGUCCAGUCCCUCUCUCCUCUGGCCAAGUGUCCUCCAGUGAGUGCCAGUGGGAAGUCAGUCUCCCAUCAUUCAAGAUCUCGUGCAUCAGCUCGGGGAUCUGCCAGGACUUUUGCUGUGUGUGGUGGAAAUGCAGCACCUCUAGUGUGUGAGGCUCUGAGAAGCAAAGGCUGGGUGCAGUUAGAGGACACUUCCUCCACUGCAUUCACCCUCAAAUGGACCGAGAUCAGCAAACACAUCAACUACAAGGAGUUCCGAGAGGGAGAGCAGAUUGUGAAUCAUUUCCCGAACAUCUCUCUCCUCACGACGAAGAUAGGCCUAUUGGAGUCCCUGAGAGCCAUGCAGAGACUUCAGUCAGCUGCUGGGGCAAGAGGACUGAGAGUGGCGUCGUUCCUGCCAGACACCUACAGACUGGACCGCGAGGAAGAAAGGGCAGAGUUCACUAGAGUCUACAGCAGUGGAGAGCUGUGGAUAUGCAAGCCCACCGGUGCCAACCAGGGCAAAGGGAUAUUUCUGGUGAGAGAUUUACAGCAAGUGUUGGACCGACUGGAGGGUGAUGAGAAACACUGCAAGAUCGCCUCUCGUCCAACACCUCGCAUUGCUCAGCGGUACAUCACACCUCCAUUGCUGCUGGGAGGACGCAAGUUUGAUAUCAGAGUGUACAUGUUGGUGGUAGCUGCCCAGCCAUACGUGGUCCUGUAUGGCGAUGGCUACGUCAGACUCAGCUGUGCGUCGUACAAUGCAGCCAGUCAUGACCUGACGGUCCAUCUCACCAACCAGUUCCAACAGAAGAAACAUCCUGACUACUCCACAAUGAGGGAAGACACAGUGUGGGACUACAGGAAGCUAGCGGAGCAUCUGACUAAAGAGCACAGCCUACCUCCUGACUGGGUCACCUCAACUCUCAUUCGGAAGAUGAAGGCCAUCAUGUCCACGUGUUUCCAGAGUGUAAGACACAAGCUGAGCCACAGAGUUGGUUUCUUUGACCUCCUGGGGUUUGAUUUCAUGUUGGACAGCCAGCUCAAUGUGUGGCUGAUAGAGGUGAAUGUAAACCCAGCCAUGCACACCAACUGUGCCACUCUCCAGUCUCUGAUGCCUCCACUAGUGACCGAGACCCUCGAUAUUGCCAUAGAGAUAUUUGACAAGUGUCGUAGGAGCAAACCAAUUUUACCCCUCUCUUCCUCCUCCCUCUUUUCCAUCCUCCACACUUCAUGACAUCUUCUCUUUUCUCUUAGACAUACCCACCUUCUUUUUUAUUGACAAAGACAAUGUGUAAUCGUUAGACAGUGAAUUAAAAACAAAUUUACAACCAUUAAAAAUAUGUACAAGUGUACAACAAUUAUUAAACCCAAACAAGAAAAAUAAUGUUUCUGCUUAAAGCGUUAAAAUUCAAUUCUUGCAGUUCAAAAUUCAGAAGCUGAGAACCUCAGCAGUGCCUGUGGCAGGUGACAGACCCUGGAAUGGAACGGAGACGACACUGCAUUCCAGAAUUCGUCAUGGCAACGCAGCGGGCGGGGCCAGACAAGGCCUUGGAAGGGGUGGAGCUAAGAGUCUCGGCAGCCAAAAACUGUGGAGUGAGAUCCCGUGAGGCUCGGCCAUUGGCUGGCUUCUCAACCUCGUAUUCAAUGAUGGAAUCCUCAUCCAGACUAGAGGCCAGCGAGUGGUUGUGGGCGUGGUCUUGUUCAAAGGGGGCACGGUCAGAGUGGGUGUGGACAUAAGGUUGAGAGUUUGGGAGUGAAAAAACAGGAGGUGCUGUCUUUCUGUUUCGUUUCAGACUAACACACAGCCAGUUCAAGAGAACAACAAUGGUUGCCAUAGUAGCCAGAGCAGAGUAAGUAAGUGCCACACCCAUCCUCACGUCACAUACGGCAUUGGUAACCACGGAGACGAGGAGGAAGAAUCUUGCAACAGCCGGAGCUCUGAGGAAGACGAUGACUAACAUGGCAACCAGGAGAAAGAGGGCGUGGCCUGCACAGCUGCUCAGGACUCUGAGGCCGUGGUUGGCUCCGCCCAGUUGCCCAAUUACCCAGUCCAGCUGGGUGUGAACAGCUGCAUUCAUUCCCUCCACCAUCUCCUGAACCCCACCCAGAGUCUCGUUGAUUACCCGUAGGCUCUCCAGCGUGUCCUGAUAGUGGUCAGUGAUGUCCUGUAGGACACCCAGCAGCUGCGACGUCCUGUUGUCAAUCCUGCCCCAGACUCCCUGAAUGUUCUCCCUCACAGUUGAUAUGUCAUCCAUUAUCUCCUUCUGACUGGCCUUUAGAUUCUGUUCCUGAGAUCCCAGCAUUUCACUUGCCACCUCUAUAUUAAUUAUUCACACACACGUACUAUUUAGGGACCACACUUAUAAUUUGUAAAGGAAUAGGAGCACGUUCAGUUACUAGGCCCCAGUU